GUGGGCGGGGUGAGCGGGGCUCCCGGCCCCCCCGGGCCGCCGGGGCAGCGCACACGCCUCGCACACUCACACGCGUGGCGAGAGGAUGCGGCGGCUGCGCCCCUGGGCGCUGGUGCCGGUGCUGGGCGCCCUGCUCGCCGCCGGGUCCGGGUCCCCGUCGCGGAGCUACCCGCACAGCGCCCUGCUCGACGGGGCGGCCGCCUACCGCCUGCGCUGGGGCCGCCGCGGCAGCGCCCUCGCCUUCCGCCUGGAGGUGCGCACCCGCGGCUACGUGGGCUUCGGGCUCUCGGCCAGCGGCGGCAUGGCCUCGGCAGACAUCGUGGUGGGGGGCGUGGAGGGGGGACAGCCCUACCUGCAGGAUUAUUUUACAGAUGAAAACAGAGUACUGAAAAAAGACCCACAACAGGAUUACCAUCUGGAAUAUGCCAUGGAAAACAGUACACACACAAUAUUGGCUUUUAGCAGAGAACUGCACACUUGUGAUACAAAUGAUAAGAGCAUAACGGAGAGCACAGUGCGGGUAAUAUGGGCCUACCACCACAAAGACAUGGGAGAAGCAGGUCAAAAUUACCAUGGGUCUAAUCGUGGUACAAAGAGUCUACGUUUACUGAACCCAGAGAAAGCAGAUGUCUCAUCUGCCUCUUUGCCAUACUUCGACUUGACAAACAAAGACGUGCCUAUACCAGACAAGGAUACAACAUAUUGGUGCCAAAUGUUUAAGAUUCCUGUACAACAUGAAAAGCACCAUGUGACAAAGGUUGAGCCGUUGAUCCAGAAGGGCCAUGAGAACCUAGUGCAUCAUAUCCUGCUGUAUCAGUGCAGCAGCAACUUGAAUGACAGUGUGCUGGACUACGGACAUGAGUGUUACCAUCCCAACAUGCCAGACUCUUUCUUCACAUGUGAGACAGUCAUUUUUGCUUGGGCCAUUGGAGGAGAGGGCUUCACCUACCCUCCCCACGUUGGCUUAUCCAUCGGCACAGCAGCUGACCCUCAGUUUGUUCUUAUGGAGGUGCACUACGACAAUCCAUCAUACAUGGAAGGCUUAAUAGAUAACUCUGGUCUGAGGCUAUUUUAUACUCCGGUUUUAAGGAAAUAUGAUGCUGGGGUUAUUGAAGCUGGUCUUUGGGUCAGCCUAUUCCACAAUAUCCCACCGGGCAUGCCUGAAUUUGUGUCAGAGGGUCACUGCACAUUGGAGUGUCUGGAAGAGGCUCUAGGUGCUGAGAGACCUAGUGGGAUUCACGUGUUUGCAGUACUUCUUCAUGCUCAUCUUGCUGGCAGAGCUAUCCGGAUGCGCCACUUCCGCAAUGGCGAGGAGCAGAAGCUACUUGCAUAUGAUGAUGAGUUUGACUUCAACUUCCAGGAGUUUCAGUAUCUGGAAGAAGAAAGAACCAUCUUGCCAGGGGAUAAUUUAAUCACAGAAUGUCACUACAGUACUGUGGACCGAAUUCGCAUGACAUGGGGUGGUCUGAGCACCAGGAAUGAAAUGUGCCUGUCAUAUCUGCUCUAUUACCCACGAAUCAACCUCACGCGGUGUGCAAGUAUUCCAGACAUCAUGGAGCAACUCCAGUUCAUUGGUGUUAAGGAAAUCUAUAGACCAGUCAGGACUUGGCCUUUUAUUAUCAAGAGUCCUAAGCAAUACAAAAAUCUGUCAUUUAUGGACGCAAUGAACAAGUUCAAGUGGUCCAGAUCAGAGGGUCUCUCCUACAAUGAGCUUGUGCUUAAACUACCAGUGAAUGUGAGAUGUUCAAAAACAGAUAAUGCAGAAUGGUCGUUCCAGGGCAUGACGGCUUUACCCCCUGAAAUAGAGAGGCCAUACAAGACAGAACAAGUAAUAUGCAGCUCAUCUUCCUGUUUAAGUUGCAGUUUAUUCGUCGCCCUGUUGUUUGUUGUACAUAUCACAGCCAGCACAAUAGGAAACAUCGGACCCUUUGUACAAUAAUUUUUAUUCAUUUGUGUUCUGUAUGCCAUGCAAGUUCUGAUGUGUUUGCACUGUUGCUAUUGUAGAUUUAUUUUUUUACAUAUUAAUAAACUAAAUUCGCUAGUUCAAAAUAAAAUGUGUACUUCCUCUGAGAUCUGUGGUUUAUCUGGUUUUCAAUGUAAAGUAUGUAUAAAACACAGUAGGUACACCAUCACGUUGCGUAUUGAAAUCUUUUCACAUACCAUUUUGUUACACUUUGUCCUGGUUCUUCACAUGGUGUUUUCAAAACCAACUAUGUAUAUGGGUAAAAUUAAUAAACUAAAAGCAACUUAGUUAACCACAUGCAGCCUGGAGUGUGCUAUAUUAUUUUGUCUUGGUUCUUGACAUCUGCAGGUUAUGAAGUCAUUGCUGCAAGGACAAGUCUUGCAAACAUGUAUUUGGGCAUGUCUGACACCUGCAGUGAAGCCACAGGAAGGGUUCAUUCACGGAGGGCAUUUCUAGAAGCAACACAUUGCUAAUCGGUCUCUCCUCCCAAGAGAAGGGCGCACUACAGGUGUGAAGGGGCAGAACCCCAAACCUCCCCAUGAUGAUUCCUGUACAAGGAAUCCUUGACUUGGUAGGGAUUUCUCUCCCCGUUUCUUCUCUCUUCAUGUCUUCCUUAGUCCCUGACAAUUCAACACGUUUCUUUUGUCUUAAGGUAUGGGUAGGCCAAAUAAAGCUUUGGUGAGGGCUAGGCACACCUUUGCUGUAUUCCACACAGAUAGCAGCAGUGAUGAAGAUCAAUUUCACAGCCAAGCUCUGGCAUGCACAGGGAACCUGUGUACAAGCCUGCCAGCAGCUAUUGGUAGCACACGCUGAGAAUUACAAUAUGCCAAACUGUUGAUUAAGAGGUUAUUUUUGUGUCCCGUGUGUAUGACUUUUUAUUUAUUUAGUUAGUUAUGUGUAAAUCCAUAUCUUCUUUACUCAGAUGGUGUUUGGCAGGGAAGAUUCCCUAAAGAUUCCUAAUUUGUUGCUCCCCAAUGAAAUUACAGAACACAGUGGAAAAGGACUUGGACCAUUCAAAAAAACUUAUUUCUAUAGCCACUCUGUAGCUACAGUUCACUAUAAUUUUCUGCAGUGCUGCAUAAACUUUACUGGAGUGUGGCUGUAAAAAUCAAUUGUUUUGGAUGUUGACUGCUGUAACACCUGCACUAAAACUAAUCUGUGUAAAUGGGCAUUUUAUGUUACUGAGUACUCUUGUGCAGUGUGGUGAAUCCAGAGUAGAUCAAGAACCUGAUUUGGCCGAGUUGAACCAGUUCUCUGGGUCACUGGUUGUUAAACACAAGUACUUGCAUUUGUUUGUGAAGUUACACCUCUUAACGAGAGCAGGCUGUUCUGAUGCAAAGAGUUGUCACAUCAGAAGGAAACUAAGGAGAGGAUUUGGAAACUGUCUUCUUUGCAUUUGAGAUGUGAGAAAGAAAGCAUCAUAGAGCUGGCAAGGCUACUUUGUGGAUAGCCAAAAUGACAAUUUGUGUGAUAAUCUACACAGAGAAAAGGCAUUGAAGACACUAAUGCCUCAAGGAGAAAUGUGGGAAUUAAUCAAUGCUAGAUUAAAUUUCUAGGAGCUAUAACAAUCUCAUUAUGAAAUGUGUGCAUAAAGGAAGUUUAAAAUCAGCUGUGAACACAUAGGUUCACAGGGCCCACUAAAUCCUCCUGAUGCCACAGCCUGCACUUGGAGUAAGAGAGUAACUCCCACCAAAUCCUGGGGAAUUUCUUUGCCACUGUUGGGCAGAUGCUUCCUCUAGAUGUAUCUGGACAAUGUUAUUUUCUGCUAUCCCUCCUAUUGGUACAGGAUAAGGGAAGGAAAAAGUGUAUACAGAUAUUUUUUUUCAUAUCAAAACCUGAAGUUUCAAUAAAGAAUUGUAACUGCUU